UAGUCUGAUGUUCUUGUUCUUUAAACAAUUGGCCUGUCUUGGGGAAAAAGAAGAGUCAUUUUACACAUUGACUUACCUUGGGUCAGGCCAGACGAGAUAGGAAUUAGUUUUCCAAUAUUAUGUAUAACCGGUACAAGUAUAUUCGUAUGAUAUUCUCUUCUCGAUUUGAUUCCUCGGAUCUCACUUGGCGAGCGGAAGUCUGGUCAAUACUUAUAGUCCUCCUCGAACUUUCUUCGGCAUUGUUGGUACAUCUAGAGUUAAUAACUUACAUGGACGGCUCGCUACAUGCGUUGGCAGCUGCUGCUUCUCUGCCGUUUCCAUAUUUUUUAUUUAAUAUUUUUUACCCAACAAACCCAUAGUGUCUACCGAGGAUUGGUGGAGCAUAUUUGCAAGCUGUCUCCUGGGU